UCUUCUUUUUCAUUUCUCCACAAACCCUCAUAUGAUGGAGUUAGCAACUAAAGAUCAUUUCCAUGGAAUAGGAAAAACACAAUGCUUGAUCGGAAACAUUUUCUCAGACAGAAUUUUUGAUACCAGAUACGUGGAGUGCAUGGUUCAAAGAAUAUGGUACUGUGAGGUUAGAGUGACGAGAAUCAGAGGCAACAUGUUUGAGUUUUAUUUCGAAAAAGGUGAUGAUUGUUACAGAGUUCUUCGGGCUGCUCCUUGGACAGUCCAAGGCGGAUGUCUUCUCAUUCUUUCUCCUUUGUUCUCUGAUAAUAUACCUUCUGAGUUAAUGUUCUGGGUUCAGGUUCACGGCUUACCAACUCACUACUUCACUGAUCAAAACGCUUUCAAGAUUGGUCAAUAUUUGGGGAAAUAUUUGUAUGUUGACAAGGGUGUUUGGAGCAAUAAGUUUCUACGGAUUCGGGUGAGGUUUGACAUCACAAAUCCAUUGGUCUCUGGAUUUUGGCUUAACUCUAGCUGGAUUCGUUUCAAGUACGAAGGAUUGAGCCAGUUUUGCUACAAAUGUGGUCGUAUUGGACAUCACGAGAGCACAUGUAAAUUCCCACCACCACCAGGGAAUGAACGGUUUGGCCCUUGGUUACGUGUUGAAUCUUUGAGUCUGCUUAAGCCUACUAAAACAGAGGACUCCAUUACUGUUGUCCAGAAUCAUUCGCCAAAGUUCAAACUGAUUCCUUCACCAAAGCUCCAGGAAUGGCAAAAAAUAUCACCUGAUCAACACCUAGACAAUCUUGAGACUACCCCACAAAAGAACGAUUGGGCAAGGUUGACGAUGAACGGGGUAGAUUCGAUGAUAAUGAUGGUCAACUGCGUAGUAAUAACUCGCCGAGUAGCAGAGGCUAAUGAAGUGAAGGGAUAUGGAUUGUUGAUUCUGAUGAUGGUUGCUUAUUUCUUCUACUUGGUAAUCAAGUUUAAUGUUAUUAUAGUCCAGAGAUCUUCUUUCUUCCAAAAAUCUGUUGGUACUAAAGGAAACUCCAUGGCAGAGUAUAGUCCAGUAACUCAGCUUAAGGACUUGUUCAUCUUGCUCAUGUUUUGCGUUACAUUUCUUAAGUUUUGUUGAUUGUCCGCAGUUCAUUUAUUUUUUCAGUUGAUUGUCUGCUCUUUUCGGACACUAAUAUAGGAGCUCAGUGGUAGUAUAUGUUUUGCAAAAAAUUGACAGACACGUAGCCUGC